UAAUCCCUUUCCCUUUUAGCUCCAGGAAAGGGCGCUGUUUUCCACUUCCGUGUACCGACCGCCUGUAUGGGGUCCCUAGUUUAAGUGCUUAUCUGUUUGAACUGCCACGGCGGAACUCGUCACGUCGGUCGCUGCCAAAACUCUGCGUGGGCUCAUUCGAAAACAUGAGUUUACAAGAGAUCUUUCAGAACAUGAAGCUUGCCCGCGAAUAUGCUUUGCUUGGAAACUACAACUCGGCCAGUGUUUUCUACCAUGGUCUGCUUGAACAAAUCAAGAAACACGUCUACACCACACGAGACGCCCAUCUUCAACAGAGAUGGCAGAAGUUGUGGGAAGAAGUUAGCGAGGAGAGCAGCCAUGUUCAAGAUCUCCUGUCAACACUGGAAAGUGUUCAACUGGAUGCUGUGCCUGGCAAACCAAUUGAACCAAAUGAUUGUGAGAUAAGGCCGAUGCCCAUUGAACUAAGGCAUUCUCCAUGUCCUGUCAGGCGGCCUACAGCCAUAUGUAAAGACAGUAAACCAGUCAACAAUCGGCUCAGUGUGGCCGUAAAAGCCCAUCAAAGGCAUUCAUCCCGGGGGGCCAAUGGGGACAGGCACAAGCCCUCCAAGGCCAAAACAAAAGAUACGAAGGAAACUGCUGGAAAAGCAAAGGAAGAGAAGGGCAAAGGAGACGUCCAAGAAAAAGAAGUCAAAAAAUUUGAUGGGACAGGAUAUGACAAAGACCUUGUGGAAGCUCUGGAGAGAGAUAUCAUAUCUCAGAACCCUAACAUUAAAUGGGAUGACAUUGCAGACCUUGGUGAGGCAAAAAAGCUCCUGAAAGAAGCAGUUGUCUUGCCGAUGUGGAUGCCAGCUUUUUUCAAAGGCAUACGGAGACCAUGGAAGGGAGUGCUAAUGGUGGGACCUCCUGGAACUGGAAAAACGCUUUUAGCCAAAGCCGUUGCUACUGAAUGCAGGACUACUUUCUUCAACGUUUCCUCAUCAACGCUGACCUCUAAAUACAGAGGAGAGUCUGAGAAAUUAGUGCGUUUGCUUUUUGAGAUGGCCCGCUUUUACGCUCCCACUACGAUCUUCAUCGACGAAAUUGACUCCAUGUGUAGUCGAAGAGGGACGUCAGAAGAACACGAGGCAAGCCGAAGAGUCAAGGCAGAACUGCUGGUGCAGAUGGACGGUGUUGGUGGAGCAUCGGAAAACGAUGACCCGUCAAAGAUGGUGAUGGUCCUGGCUGCCACCAACUUUCCGUGGGACAUUGAUGAGGCUCUGAGAAGACGUCUAGAGAAGAGAAUCUACAUUCCCUUGCCCACAGAAAAAGGACGGGUGGAGCUGCUCCGCAUCAACCUGAGGGAGUUGGAGUUGGCCAGUGAUGUGGAUUUAGACAAAAUCGCUGAACAGAUGGAAGGUUACUCGGGGGCCGACAUCACCAACGUGUGCAGGGAUGCCUCCCUGAUGGCCAUGAGGCGAAGAAUCGAAGGACUCACCCCAGAAGAGAUCCGCAAUAUCUCCGGGGACGAGAUGCACAUGCCUACCACAAUGGAGGACUUUGAGUCAUCUCUGAAAAAAGUUUCCAAAUCUGUGUCAGCCGCAGACCUCGAGAAGUAUGAAAAGUGGAUCGAGGAGUUUGGAUCCUGUUGAAGGGUUGAAGCAUUAGUGGUUCUAGCAAUUUCAAAUGUUUUGGGGGUUUUUUUGUAAAUGUGUUCAUAAUCGUCAUGUUAUCCAGCUAUAGUUUUUAAAAUAUUAAGAGCUCCUUUGUGCGUGUUUUUGCACUACAAACGAUAGACCUGAUCAUCCAACAUAAUUUUUUUUCAUUUUAUAGAUGCUUUGAAGAUAGUGUGGUGACAUACAUUGUAUUUAAAUAUGAGUAUAUAAUCACAAUGCACCAAAAGGUCACUUGAACACUUUUUAUCUUGCACUUGUUUUUUUAAGGAACUGUGUGGUUGUUGCACAGUCUAGUGUUGCGAUUUAUAAGCUACAAUUAAAGUGUUUUGUAUGAUAAACUGUCUGGGUAUUAUA